AUGUCGAACCUCAUCAAUGUCAGAACUGACAUCACUAGACAAUUCGGGAGUAUGCAAGAUAAAGUCGCCGACUAUGAGAAAAUCCUUCGAGAUCUGCAGUCUCGUGUAUCAGAAGCGGAUGCAGAGCUGAUACGUACUACACUUGAUCGGGCUGCCCAACUCGAUUUCGACGAAGCGAUAUUGACAGACGGCGCCGGUCCUAUCCAAAGCGUCGAAGCUGGAGCCGACGAAGACGAAGCUAGUGGUGCUGAAUCCGAUGUGAGCGGUGGAAGAGGUUCGACUGGAGCCCUCGACAGAACCGAGGAAGACUUCACUCGCGAAGGAGCCAAAGUAACUGGUUUCAUGGGCAAGAACUCCGAUGUUACUUGGAUGCAAAGACUCCGACAGGAGAACAAGUAUGGCGAAGGCACUCCCGAAGCCGGCGACGAGAACGCUCGAAGACUCAACAAAAUAUCCGGUCCGUCCCUAAGAUCUCAUGCUAUGGGCUCGACUAACAUAGCUCUUCCUGAAGCCGAUCAAGGCUUUACGGUCCAGGACUCCAAUUACCACCUCAAUGAUCUGGCUAUCUCUACCUAUGAGGCUGUUGAUCCUUAUGAAAUGCCUACCCAAGAACACGCACAGAUGCUAUUCAUGACCUAUAUGAACCGAGUUCAUCCAUCUUUCCCUAUCAUUGGUCGUGUCAACCUUCAGAAUCAGUUCGCCAAGUUUAUGGCAAGACCAAUCAACAGGCCUCCUCCGAAAUGGUUAGCGAUAAUUAACAUGAUCUUUGCCAUCGCCGCCAGAUAUUCUCACCUGAUGCAGGCUGACUGGCAAGCCGAUGAGCGAGACCAUCUCAUCUACUUCACCAGAGCGAGAAUGCUCACCAUCGAUUCUGACACCAUUUUCAAUCAUCCCGACCUGCAGAUGAUUCAGAUCAUAGCCCUCAUGGCUUGCUAUAUGAUGGUUGUUGACCAGAUUAACCGCGCUUGGAACGUUCUCGGCAUGGCUAUUCGAGCUUCUACCGCUCUAGGCCUCAAUAUGCGUAAUGACAGUGCCGAGUUGCCAGAUGGCCUGAAAGAGAUUCGUUAUCGAGUAUGGUGGUCAAUGUACUGUCUUGAGCAUCGCAUAUGUGCCAUGACUGGUCGCGUCAAUUGUAUCGUCGAUGAUCAUUGCACUACUCCGCUGCCUGUGCCACUCAACGAAGAAGAGUUUGAAACUGAGCAGGGGCAGAAGUUGCUCAAUCAUGAGCAUCAGAAAACAAGUCGUGCGCCAACCUCGAAUGGACCUACUCCUUCGAGACCAGGGAGCACAUCAUCUUCACGAUCCGACUCCAACAAAGCUGAUGCUUCGAAUUCGCCCUCCACCACGCAGGCUUCAAGUGCACCCGACUGGACAAAAGACGUUACGCCAAAUACCUCCCUAUACUUUUUCCACUUUGUACAAUUGUGUCGCCUCACACAAAACAUCUUCACUAAGUUGUACAAUCCAACAGCCAUACAAGGUAAGUGGUCGGAUCUACAAAACAGCAUCAAAGAUCUCAGUACCCAGCUCGAGAGUUGGUAUCGAAGACUACCUGCCGCUUUCGACUUUCGGAGAAAACAGAGAGAUAGAGAUUUCUACGAAAGCAGACUGGGCCUGGGUUUCUACUACUAUAGCACAAAGAUGAUGUUGCAUCGACCCUGUUUGUGCCGACUGGAUCGGAAGAUACCUGGUCAGUCGAACAGAAGUAAUGAAUUCAAUCGCAUGUCCGCAACAGAGUGCAUAACGGCGGCUCAAGAGCAACUGGCACUCAUUCCCGACGAGCCUAACGCUGUCGGUCUACUUAGAACAGGACCUUGGAUGAGCAUCUUGCAUCUAAUAGUCCAGUCGGUCACUGUUCUGACACUAGAAAUCUCUUUCCGAGCUCACCACAUGCCACAACAAGCCGACGACCUCAUUGAAUCAGCGAAGAAGGGCGUUCGAUGGUUGCAUGCACUAGGCGACGACAAUCUUGCUGCUGCUCGCGCAUGGCGGCUCUGCAGUCAGAUGCUUCAGGGCGCCGCUGUCAAGAUGGGGCGUGUCAUUGACGAUAUGCCGGAAGUCCCACCAAGAACUGCGGGAACCACAAGUGAUGAUACCUCUAUGUCAGGAGGAACCGUCACCGACUCUCGACUGUACGAUCGUUCUUCUGGUGACAACCAGGCACACCAAUUUGGUGCAAAUUAUCCUGCAACCACUAUGCCGUACGCUGCCAUGAACAUGUCUAACAUGUCAGCUUUUGUGACUGCAGGUAGCGUGAACCCUUUUGCCGAUAUUCAUGACCAGUACGGUCCAUAUCCAGGUGCGAGCAAUAUGGACCCCUCCCAAAUGCACUAUUCACAAAGUCCAUCACACAUGCAGUAUGGCAGUAUGCCGAUGGAAGCCGAUAUGAGCUUUAUGAACCAAUACACAGAGUAA